AUGCCUUGUGCUCUGAAGCAAAUGCAGUGCCCCUCAUGCAGCAAAAAUGUCAUCCCCAAAACUAUGCUUUGGCAUACACACAACUGGAAGGGGCAAUGUUUGCCUAAAAAGCAUGCUGCUGCACAAUGCACUACUGUACUGCAGGCCUGCUUGCAGUCUGUGCCUGGGCAGGCCCUAGCCAAGGCCCUCCACCCCUCCACUGUUCCCCUUCCCUCCCAGUCAACCCAACAAUGGCAUGCUGCCUUGAACCAGGUCAUGAAGCACAUCUCCUAUCCCCCCCUCUUGUUCACCUUCACCAUCAAAUUCUAG